AUGGCCUCGCCGGCUGACAGCUGUAUCCAGUUUACUCGCCAUGCCAGCGACGUGCUUCUCAACCUUAACCGCCUGCGGAGCCGUGACAUCUUGACCGAUGUUGUCAUCGUGGUGAGCCGCGAGCAGUUCAGAGCCCAUAAGACAGUCCUCAUGGCCUGCAGCGGCCUGUUCUAUAGCAUCUUCACAGACCAGUUGAAAUGUAACCUGAGCGUGAUCAACCUGGAUCCUGAGAUCAACCCUGAGGGGUUCUGCAUCCUCCUGGACUUCAUGUACACGUCUCGGCUCAAUCUGCGGGAGGGCAACAUCAUGGCCGUGAUGGCUACGGCUAUGUACCUGCAGAUGGAGCACGUUGUGGACACUUGCCGGAAGUUUAUCAAGGCCAGUGAAGCCGAGAUGGUUCCUGCCAUCAAGCCUCCCCGUGACGAGUUUCUGAAUAGCCGGAUGCUGAUGCCCCAAGACAUCAUGGCCUAUCGGGGUCGGGAGGUGAUGGAGAAUAACCUGCCGCUGAGGAACGCCCCUGGGUGUGAGAGCAGGGCGUUUGCCCCCAGCCUGUACAGCGGCCUGUCCACCCCGCCAGCCUCUUACCCCGUGUACAGCCACCUCCCGGUCAGCAGCUUCCUCUUCUCCGAUGAGGAGCUGCGGGAUGCCCGGAUGCCCGUGGCCAACCCCUUCCCCAAGGAGCGGGCCCUCCCCUGUGAUAGUGCCAGGCCCGUACCCGGUGAGUACAGCCGGCCGGCCAUGGAGAUGCCCCCCAGUGUGUGCCACAGCAGCAUCUACUCACCCAAGGAGGCCGCCCCGGAGGAGGCACGCAGUGACAUGCACUACGGCGUGGCCGAGGGCCCCAAGCCGGCCGCCCCCUCGGCCCGGAAUGCCCCAUACUUCCCCUGUGACAAGGCCGGCAAGGAGGAAGAGAGGCCCUCCUCCGAGGAUGAGAUCGCCCUGCAUUUCGAGCCCCCCAGCGCACCCCUGAACCGGAAGGGUCUGGUGAGUCCGCAGAGCCCGCAGAAGUCUGACUGCCAGCCCAACUCGCCCACGGAGUCCUGCAGCAGCAAGAACGCCUGCAUUCUCCAGACCUCCGGUUCACCGCCGGCCAAGAGCCCCACCGACCCCAAAGCCUGCAACUGGAAGAAGUACAAGUUCAUUGUGCUCAACAGCCUCAACCAGAAUGCCAAACCAGAGGGGCCCGAGCAGGCGGAGCUGGGCCGCCUUUCCCCUCGAGCCUACACCGCCCCGCCGGCAUGCCAGCCGCCCAUGGAGCCCGAGAGCCUUGACCUCCAGUCCCCAACCAAGCUUAGCGCCAGCGGGGAGGACUCCACCAUCCCACAGGCCAGCCGGCUCAAUAACAUCGUCAACAGGUCCCUGACCGGCUCCCCCCGCAGCAGCAGCGAGAGCCACUCGCCUCUCUACCUGCACCCCCCCAAGUGCACAUCCUGCGGCUCUCAGUCCCCGCAGCACGCGGAGAUGUGCCUCCACACCGCCGGCCCCACAUUCCCCGAGGAGAUGGGCGAGACCCAGUCUGAGUACUCGGAUUCUAGCUGUGAGAACGGGGCCUUCUUCUGUAACGAGUGUGACUGCCGCUUCUCUGAGGAGGCCUCGCUCAAGAGACACACGCUGCAGACCCACAGCGACAAACCCUACAAGUGUGACCGCUGCCAGGCCUCUUUCCGCUACAAGGGCAACCUCGCCAGCCACAAGACCGUGCAUACGGGUGAGAAACCCUAUCGCUGUAACAUCUGUGGAGCCCAGUUCAACCGACCAGCCAACCUGAAAACCCAUACUCGAAUCCACUCUGGAGAGAAGCCCUACAAAUGCGAAACCUGUGGAGCCAGAUUCGUACAAGUGGCCCACCUCCGUGCCCACGUGCUCAUCCACACUGGAGAGAAGCCCUAUCCCUGUGAAAUCUGUGGCACCCGUUUCCGGCACCUUCAGACUCUGAAGAGCCACUUGCGAAUCCACACGGGAGAGAAACCGUACCAUUGCGAGAAGUGUAACCUGCAUUUCCGUCACAAAAGCCAGCUGCGUCUUCACUUGCGCCAGAAGCACGGCGCCAUCACCAACACCAAGGUGCAGUACCGUGUGUCCGCCACUGACCUGCCCCCGGAGCUCCCCAAGGCCUGCUGA